AUGCCCCUAUCGCCGCUGCUACAGCAGCCACACAGCAGAGGUUCUUCUGUAGCAGAGGAUUCCGUAGCACUCGUAGCAGUCGUGGCACUCGUAGCAGUCGUGGCACUCGUAGCAGUCGUGGCACUCGUAGCAGUCGUGGCACUCGUAGCAGUCGUGGCACUCGUAGCAGUCGUGGCACUCGUAGCAGUCGUGGCACUCGUAGCAGUCGUGGCACUCGUAGCAGUCGUGGCACUCGUAGCAGUCGUGGCACUCGUAGCAGUCGUGGCACUCGUAGCAGUCGUGGCACUCGUAGCAGUCGUGGCACUCGUAGCAGUCGUGGCACUCGUAGCAGUCGUGGCACUCGUAGCAGUCGUGGCACUCGUAGCACUCAUAGUAUGUCCAGAUGCAGAGUAUGAGCUCGUGUGGGCGGGUGCAAGUGCGGAGUAUGGGCCCAGCAUGGUGGGUGCAGAUGCAGAUGCAUCUGGACGUAUUCCAGGCGCCCCAUAA